AUGCGCUUGAAUUACAACCACUUUUUUAUCAAAGAAGUCUGUGGAUACCUCGUGCACCCAAGUAUCCCGACCAAUCAGACAAAUUUGCGAAACGCAGAUGUGGCUACCGGUACUGGGAUUUGGGCCUGCGAUCUAGCCAGCAAGCUCCCCGAGACUGUACGCAUCGACGGAUUUGAUAUUUCUGAUGCCCAAUACCCUACACUGGGAUUCCGACCAAAGAAUGUACACCUAGCCUAG